AUGAGCAGCGUGCGCCACCGCGGCCACAUCCCGGCUACGCACGGGGGAAGGUGGCGAGCGGCUCAGCCCAGCCGGCAGAGAGGCGGUUGGGCCUCGUCCAAGGCUGUGGCGUGGCUGCCCGCGCACGCCAGAUUGCAGGCGGGGGCGGCGCGCAUGAGGCUCGGCGGGGCAGCAGGUUGGGGCCCAAAUGAGUACAGCCUGCAGACCUGCGGGCGCUUCGCCCGAGACCUCCCUAAAGGCUCCCUGGUCACGUUUCGCCAGAAGGACCUCGCCCGGGGGGCGGCGCCGGAGCGCUGCGCUCGGUGCCGUUCGGACGACUGGACCGCAGCGUGCACCCUCGUCGGUCGGGCGGGCCUGCCCGCCGCGGCCACGGACAUCAGCCACAUCAUGCCCACCCAGGGUUUCAACAUCAAGAGCAUCAUGCAAGAGGGAUUCAAGCUGAACGUGUGGGACAUUGGCGGGCAGAAGACAAUUCGACCAUACUGGAGCAAUUACUUUGAGUCGUCGGAUGCGCUGAUCUACGUCAUCGACAGCUCCGAUAAGCGCCGUUUAGAGGAGAGCGGCUCGGAGCUGAGGGAACUCCUGGCCGAGGAUAAGCUCGCCAGCAUACCGCUGCUGAUCUUCGCCAACAAGCAGGACCUGAUUCAAGCCGUGCCGGCCGACGAAAUACAGGAAUCCCUGCAGCUGGGCGACAUUCAG